CCGCAUCACAGGCAGGAACGAGGAAGUGCGCUCAUCCCAGACGCUGAACAAGACAGUGACAUGUCAACUUCUGCUGCACACUCAGCAGAGCUGAGGCUGGUGGUGUUGGGCCGGACCGGGGCAGGAAAAAGGUCGGCCGUCAGCACCAUCCUGGGCCUUCAGGAGUCUCAACAGGACGCAGAUGCUGCCGUCAUCCAGGAGUGCAGUAAACACAGAGGGGAGGCUGCAGGCAGACAGGUGGUGGUCGUCUCCAGUCCAGCCUGGUUUGGCACAGGCUGCGACCCAGAGGAGAGAAGAAGACACAUAUCCUCCUUUAUCGCCUUGUCCAGCCCUGGACCACAUGUCUUCCUGCUGUGUGUCCCUGUGAACCAGCCAGCCGACGGAGAGGCCAGUGCGCUGGACGUCCUGCAGAAUUUAUUGGGCCCUUCCGCAGUCAGCACAAACACCAUCGUUCUCUUCACCCACACCGAGGAGCUGGAGGAGGAGGAGCAGCUGGAGGAAUACCUUGCCACAUGGCGCAAGGACCUCCAGGAGCUGGUGGAAAGAUGCGGUGGCCGCUACCACACCUUGGAGACCCGCAGUGAAGAAGCAGAGGAGGGGAAAGCUGUGGAGGAGCUGCUGGAGAAGGUCGAGCAGGCAGUGAGAACAAGCGGGACGCAACACCACAGCUGUCCUCUGUACCAGGAGGCUGAGGAGAGAGUGAGAGCGAGGCAGGUAGAGAUCGUGACACAGAGGAGAGGAGGGGACCAGGUGGCUCCCACAGACUCACAACCAGAGGAAAAUAUCACAGAAGAAGAAAUGGAGGCGGUCCGGGAAGAGGCAGAGAGGAGCAUAGGUGACUUGAAUGUGGAUGUAGAUAGUAUUUUCCCCUCUUCACUUCCCUCCCCUGCUCCCUCUUUCCUCUGGGGCUUGUGGGAGAAGCUGACAGGCUGGGUGAGCUGGCUGCCCAAGAUGCUGAGAAGGGAGGCCCUGCUGGGAGCACUGGUCGGCCUGUUUGUGGGAGGGCCGUUUGGAGGUGUGAUGGGGGCCACUGUAGGAUCAGUGGCUACUGAGGUGGGGAGGAGAAAAACACAGAAAAAUAAAUGAGAGGUCAUCUCACGUUAAUGUGUCAUGCAUUAAGUUGCACCUUAAAGUCACUUCACUGUGUUCGGAGCACUAUUGUAUUACUGAACUUUUUGGUUGACCAGCUAGCACCUGUCAAAUAAUAUUUAUGCUUGACCACUGAGCAAACAGUACUUCUAUUUUCUAUUUCAGAAGGCAUACACUUAUCCUAUCAAGCAUACCGUAUUAUCUAAUGGCUUUAUAAAGGAUUAAUAAAUCAUGCUUCACAGAUCAGUAAUAACCAAUUAAUGAGAACAAUGUUUGCCAGGUAAGAAACUUCCCUUUGGCUAGUGUUCAUCUUCCUCUAGUAUAAAUUGCUUUGUCAUUUUUAGUCAGCUUAGUUAUUCAUCUUGAUGACUUAACUUACUCAGUUGUAUAUGUAAAUGAUAAAUAAAGUUGUCUUCCGGGACAGUAUUCCAA